AUGAAGGUCACCAUCCAAAAGUGGAACACCGUCGCGACCUGGAGAUGGGAUAUCCCGGAAGAGGAUGUCUGUGGUAUCUGCCAGGUUCAUUUCGACGGCACAUGCCCAACAUGCAAAUAUCCCGGCGAUGAUUGCCAGCUAUUAUCUGGAAAAUGUGGCCAUAAUUUUCACAUGCACUGUAUCAUGGAAUGGAUCAAACAGGAGUCUUCAAGAGGGCAAUGUCCCAUGUGCCGCCAACCUUUUGAAUGGGCCGACCAGAAUAAUGAAUCUGCCGGCCAGAUCGAGUGA